AUGAGCCUUUCCUCAACGUCUGGUCAAGUCGUUUUGAAGGAAGUGUUCGAUGAAGGGAGUAAACCCACAGACGAAGAAAUUUAUGAAUAUGCCAUAAAAAUUGGAAUAGAUGUUGAGACUGAAUCUCAUUUAUUGUAUUUAGCUCAAGAUGGCCUUAUGCAAGCUUUACCAUCAGGAUGGAAACCCUGUUUUGAUAAGGAUAAAAAAGAAAUAUAUUAUUUUAACUUUAAAACAAAAAAAGCACAGUGGGAACAUCCAUUAGAUGAUGUAUAUAGAACAUUAGUUAAAAGAGCGAGAAAUGAAACCGAGCAAAUUGAUGAUGAUUCAAGGACUUCAAUCAAGGAAGACUUGAAAAGUUUCGAAGAAGCAUCCAUUCUUCUGACGACUAAUGACAUGAGUUUGAAACCUAAAAAAUUAGAACCGUUAAGUCCUUUAGGAAAAAGUAUACUUAAAAAAAUUCCUACAACAUUAAGUCCUAUUAAAAAAUCUAUUUCUAAAGAUUUGUUGAAAAAUAAUUGUGUCAAAUCUGAUUUUUCUAACAAUGAUGAAAAAGUUUUAUUUAAAUCUGAAAAUGAAGAUUUGGAAAAACAAAUUAUUUUCAAUGAAAUUGAAGUUCGAAAAAGGCCCAACUCAUCUGAUAUAAGAAAUAGAAGAAAUAUUGGUCCAAUGGAAUUUAUGCAUUUAUCAAAACAAGAAAUAAUUAAUUCUAAUACAAUAGAAAAAUUAAAUUUUUUAACAGAGAAUAAAAAAUUAAUGGAAUCCAAAGGUUAUGUUGAAAGUCCCAAUUCAGAGGUUAAAGGAAGCGAUUUUGGUGUAGCUACCAAAGAUGAAGGUUAUGGUACAGAAUUUAGUGUUUCCUCAUUAGGAGAAAGAGAUGGUGGAGGUAAAAGAGAAUUAACACUAGCUGGUGGAGGAAUGGUAUUUUUGAAAAGUAACAAAAUGAAAUCUAGUCCAUCUUCCGAUAUGGUGACAUCAUCAUUUUCAAAAGAAGAAUUGUCCGAAGGGUUAUUGUCACCUGAUGUGAGAAAACCGAUACAUGAUACAGAUUCUCAUAUAAAAUCUAUAUUAAGAGAUCAAAGCAAUCAAAACAAUAUUGAAAAAAAAUUAAAUUUAGGAGGUGAUAAAAAAAUGUCUAAAGAAGAAAUUGAUGAUGAUCGAAAAAGUGUUCGUUUCAAUUUAGAAAAAGAAUUAAAAGUUUCAUUUGAAAUUCCUACAGCAAACAAAACAAAUGACACACAAUUACCAGCAGCAACAGCGACAACAACAACACACAAAAGUAAUUCAUGCAAAAAUGAUGGGUUGAUCAGUGAGAACAAAUCGGAAAAACAAGGUAACAGGCAAAUAGAAGUUGAUUUUGAUGAUUUAGAUAUAUGUUUAAGUGAAGAAAAGUUACAAAAGUUAAAAGCGAAUGUGCCAAUGGAUUGUUCUGUCAAAAUGACAGAACAAAAGAAAUUUAAACCUAGUCAAAUGUUAGUCAAAGAAUUUAGAGAAAUAUUUGAAAGCAAUAAAAAAAGUGAUAUUAAAUUUAGAGAAAGUAUUAAUGUUGAUAAUUAUAAAAAAUCAUCAUCUAUUGAUAUUAUUAAAUCUAGUCAGAGUAAUAGCAGUAGUAGCAGAAGCAUACCUAGUCAAGAUGGACGUCUUACAAAUAACAAUAAUAAUAGUCAAGAAAAGGAAAUUUUAACAGAUGAUGAAAAUAAAAUAAGUGAGAUUAAAAAUCUUUUCGAUGAAACGAUAAAAAAAACAGGGAAUAAUGUUAAAAAAAGUACAGAAUUAGGUUCUAAGAUAUUCGAUUCCACUCUGGAUGAUUUAGUUGAUUUUACAAUAAAAAAAAAAUUAGAUUUAGAUAUGAAAAAGGAUUUUUCUCCAACCGAUAAUAUUAAAUAUCGCGAUAAAGAUUUUUUACUAGAAGAAAUAUUAAACGGAAAUGACGACGACGACGACGACAGUGAUUCGUCGGAUGAUUUGGUUAACGUUUUUUCACAAAAUAAAGAAUUGGAAUAUUUAGAAAAAUUAGAAUCUCAAUUAGGUUUGGAAAAUCUCACGUUAAAAACUCAAGAAUUAGACGAGAAAAUAAAUAAAUACGAUAAAAUAAAAGAAGAGAAAAUGAUAAAAUUAGAAAAGGAAUACGAGGAUUGGUUGAAGAGCGUGGAAAAAUCAUUCGAUGAUAAAAAAGAUGAAGAAUUGAAAAAUUUGAAAGAAAAAUUUGAAGAAUCGUUAAAGAAAAGGGAAAUCGAAAUGGAAGAAAAACUUCGGGAAAAUCACGAAAGACAAAUAGAAAAUAAAUUAAAAAAUUUAAAAGAGGAAUUAAUAAAAUUGGAAGAAAAGGAAAUGGAAAAAUUAAAAAUUCAAAUGAGGUCCGAACAAAAGGAUCGAUUGAAUAAUUUAAAAAUGGAAAUGAAAAAAUCCGGGGAUGAAGAAUUGGAAAAAUUGAAAAAAACAUUCGAAAUGGAAAUAAAUGAUAGGAAAGCGGAAUUGAUGAAAAAUCAUAAGGAAGACAUGGAAAAAAUCGAAAGAAAUAUGGAAGAUUUAUUAUCCGAACAAAAAUCUCAAAAAUUAAAAGAAUUAGAAUUGGUUCGGGAAAAUGAAGCCGUCAUUGAAAUAAUGAGAUUGGAAAUGAAAGAAAGUUAUCAAAAGCAAAAAAAUAAUUUAAUGAAAGAACACGAAUUGCUGUUGGAAAAUAUGAAACAAGAACACGGUCUCAACGUCGAACAAUUGAAAAUACAAUUUAAAAACGAAGAAGAAUCUUUGAGGAAAAUUCAUUUGAACAGAUUGGACGAGAUUAAAAUGAGAAUCGAAGUCACCGAGGGGAAAACCUUAUUGUCGGAAAAUUUCGAUAUGGUACGACCGGAAAACACGGAAGCAAGAAUUUUUGAAAAAAUACGAUGCGAAAAACGUCUCCUCGAAGACAAAUACAAAACGUUAAAGGAAAAAUAUGCGAGAUUGAAAGGAGAAGCCAAACUCGGUCUGGAUGAUAAAAAAAGGAAGAAAAAAAAAGAAUCUGCGUGUGCGACGACGGGAUCGGAAACGGAAAAAUCAUCGUCGCACAAAACGUCGAAACGAGUCGACGUUGAGGAUCUGAAAGGAGUCAAAAAGGAUAAAAUGGAAAAGGAAACGAAAAUAAAAAAACAAUUCAAUUCGGAGUGUUUGAAAAAUCGAGAGGGAUCAACGGAAGAAGAAGAAGAAGAAGAUGACGAGGAAAAUGUUUUGAAAAAUGUAACGGAAAAUGAUAAAUCAGGAAAUUUCGCGAACAAGAAGGGAAAGAAAAAUUGGAAGGACGACAAGGACGACGGUGAAAAACGAAUGACGUCAUUAUCGUGUGAAAAAUAUAAAGAUGAAUUUUCCGGCGAGGAAAAAAAUAUGGCGGAUGAAAAUCAAACGAUAAAAAAAAAGAAACAAUUAUUUUCAAGAUUAAAAGCUGCGAGCACGUCGAGGAUUAAUUUGAGUAACAAAAGUAGAGGAAAGGAAGUUUUAUCUCCGGUGGAAAAUUUAAGGAGGCAAUUGAAAAAAUUGGAAGAAUUAGAAGAUCAAUUUCCGGUCGCGACGUACACGGAUACCUACAUGAGGUAUCCAUUUACCGACAACGCACAAUUUGGAAGUUCGGAAAUUGAAUUUUUCAAACACAGGAUUCAUCUCGAACGAGAGUCGAUAAAAAGAGCAAAAGAUUCGUUGAAAAGUCAAAAAAAAAGUUUCGAAAAUCGACAGAAAGAAUUAAAGGAAAAACUCGACGACGGCGAACCCGGUACAAAAUCGGUUAUCGAACAAGUUUAUCAGGAAGAAAAAGAUUUGACGGAUAUGGAAGUUUCAGUUUAUAGAACUCGGGCUCUUUUGGGUGAAAAAAUAAUACGUUUGAGACAUUUAGAACAAUCGCUUAAAAGGAUAUCGCAACAGCAGCAGCAACAGCAACAACCGUUAAAAAAAGAUUCGUUGACGGUUAAGGGAAAAGAUUUUUUCGGAAGGUUGACCGUGAGAAAUCCAAACAACAACAACAACCGGGAAGAUGAAAAAACUUUAAGCGAUUUAAGUUCGUAUUCAGGAAGUUCCGGUUUCAGCAGCACCGAUUUUAACGACACACAAAACGUUGUCGGUGGCGGCGGAAUUAAAACAAAGACGGGAACGAAAGAAAAUCAACGACGUAAUUACGAGGAAGACAACAACAUGCAAGAUUCGACGGAAAUAAUACAAAGUUUAGAAAAUUUAAAUACGGAAAUACGGGAAAUAUGGGAAACGAUAAAAAAAAAUCAAACCGGAAAUCAACAAUCAAACGGUUCGUCGCCCGCGGCUGUUCAACAACAGUUUAAAACUCAAAUGAUCACGACGACGACGGGGGGGGGGAGUACGUCGAACGGUUUAACCGCCGCCAUUGUUGAUUCGACGCUAGCAGAAAGAACGAGAAGUUUAAGGGAUUGGUUGAAAUCUGCAGCAGCAGCGAGGAACGUGACGCAAAUCGAAGGAAUCAGUUCUAGUCAAAUUCUUUACCGCGGCGGUGCCAACGGAUGA